AUGCAUAUCGGUGUCUUCUAUGCCCUGGGUCAGUUAGUGACUCUUGGGUCUACCCAAAAUGUGCCCGCAGGAUUCAAUGCCUACAGAGCAGCGCAAGUGAUGGUUCAAAAAUCUGGCCAGUCAUGGGAAUGGGGGACGGCGGCACAAGCACUCCUUGAACUUUACAACCCUGAGCUGUCUGUAUAUGGCGACAACCCUUUCCCGAGGGGCAAGAUACCCCAUGCAAACCCUGACUCACUUGCGCUUGGGUACGCAAAACAAUUCAUCAAUACCAACUCACAGGUCUUGGUUGGAAACUCUGCUGUGGGUGAUCCAGCAUCUCUUGGUGUCUCUGCUCUUCUCCUGGGACAGUCUGAUAAGGUCUACUUGGAUGCGUCGGAUCGGCAAACGAACUAUAUUCUCAAUGAUGCGCCCAAGUACUCGAAUGGUGCAAUCUCCCAUCGACCAGAUGUUGCAGAGCUUUGGGCGGACAAUAUGGCCAUGUCGUUUCCCUUUUUGGCGUACAUGGCCGUGCAGAGAAAUGAUGUCAAUUUGAUGCGCGAAACAGUUCGCCAAUGCGGUCUUCACCGAGACAUUCUCAAGGCUAACAAUAACCUUAACUGGCGUCAUAUCGUUGGUCCACAGUCCCAAGAUCUUGGGCUUUGGUCCUCGGGCAAUGCCUGGGCGGCUUGGGGUAUGACGCGUGUUCUUCACACAUUGCAAAAGUGGCCUGCCUCUUCCACUGUGCUGCAGUCACAAGCCGGCCAGCUCAAAGGUUGGAUUAAAGAAAUACUGGAUGGCGCUAUGCGUUCAGGAACAGACAAUGGUCUUCUGAGGAACUAUCUUGGUGAUGGAUCCUACUUUGGUGAAGUCUCCGGCAGCGCUCUGCUGUCUGCUGUUGCCUAUAGAAUGGCUGUGAAUGACCCUGGAAUGUUUGGAAAGUCCUAUGUGGAUUGGGCUGAUACAAUUCGGAACUCCUUGAAAACGAAACAAGGGCCUGACGGCAUCUUUGCACCGGCUGCAAAUCCCUAUGAUUGGCAUAGCCACACUCCCUACACUGCAGGAUCUCCAGAAGGACAAGCAUUCGUGGUUCUUCUCUACACCGCCUACCGAGACUGCGUUAGUUCUUAUGUCUGCCAAGCCCCGCCUACAUCUACCAUCUCGAAACCCGGCAUUGGUCCCAUCGAUGUCAUCUCUGGGUUAUAUGCCCCCAUCACAUAUCGUGCUAUGCCAACGUCUACAGGUACUAUAUGUGACCCAGUUGGCAGCUGUGACGCGGAUGGUUGCAAGGGUGCCUUUUCCGGGGUUGCAAAAUAUCCCGUAUGCACUGCUGGUACCAAAAAAGGAUGUCGCUGCUUAGUGACAAAAGACACAUGUGGCGCUCGUCAAUCUUGCAAUGCCAAUGACUGUGACGGAUCGUUCAAUGGGUUAGGCAACGUUGCCUAUCCCAAGUGUACAGGAAACUUUCUUGGCUGCGAGUGUCUACCGGAGGAAGACACUUGUGGUCCUCUUCAACCCUGUGAUCAGAACGGAUGUGCAGGCUCAUUUAAUAGCCUCGGUAAUGUCGACUAUCCUCGAUGCAUAGCCAACUUCAAAGGCUGCCGGUGUCUACCAUCUGCAAACACUUGCGGCCCUCGUCAACCCUGUGAUCAGAACGGUUGUACGGGCUCCUUUAACGGCCUUGGUAACGUCAAGUAUGCCAAAUGCACAGGCAACUUCAAAGGAUGCGAGUGUCAAUCUACAGUUAAUACGUGCGGACCCCGUGGAUCAUGCACCCAAAAUGGUUGCAACGGGUCAUUCAAUGGCCUGGGCAAUGUCAAGUUUGCCAAAUGCACAGGAAACUUCCAAGGCUGCGACUGUAUUGCACAGCCUGACACUUGCGGACCACCAGGAGACUGUAGUCAGAAUGGUUGCAAUGGUCAGUUCAGUCUCGCCACCGGCAAGGCGUAUUGCCGUGGUAACUUUGAGGGCUGUGAAUGUAAAGCAAAUCCCCAGACGUGUGGCGAUCCUGUAAGUUGUGAUUUGAAUCACUGCGAUGGCAAGUUCCUUGGCUCGGAUGUCCUCGCAACUUGUACAAACUUCUUCAAGGGAUGCAAGUGCGAGGCAACAGACGCAACAUGCGGUAGUCAGCAGAGCUGCGAUAACAAUGGCUGCAACGGAGGCUACGAUGAUAAGGGUGUUGCACGUUGUCAGGGAAACUUUAAAGGAUGUAAAUGCACCUCUUCAAAGAAUACCUGUGGUUUGCCGCAGCGUUGCGACGCAAAUGGCUGCAACGGUAGCUUCGACGCAAAUUCCAGUGUGGCUCGAUGCCGUGGAAAGUUUGCAGGAUGUGUGUGCCAUCCCGUUGCUUCUACAUGCGGACCGAAGCGCGACUGCAGAGCGGGCGGCUGCGAAGGAAGCUAUUUUGACCAUGCUUAUCGUUGUACCAAGAACUUCUUCGGUUGUCCUUGUGAGACUGACACGUUGACUAAUCCUCGACCACCCCGGCAAGACCCUCCAGAGAACCCGGGAGGUACGCAAGUGGUUGUGGAAUCAGGCUGCAUCUUGAUUAACAAUAGUCCGCGUUGCAAUGCCAAUGCGGGACGUGUAUCAGCCGUUUAUGAAUCGUCUUACCAUGUGAAUGCCGACCAGGGCCCAACCAGUCGAACUUUAAUCCUGGCAAAAUAUGACCAAGCCGAGAGGUAUAACCGAGUGGGUAAGCCUGGUUGUCUACUUGAGGCACACUGGCCGCGAAACUAUGCCAAAGUCAUCUUCCGCCAAGAUGGAUGCCUCUAUGACGAGGGAGGCAACAUCAUCGAGGGGCAAUGUUGUAAGGACAUUGCCGCUAACACUGUUGAAACGAUUAACCCAUACCGAGACCCUCGUCCAGCAGCAUCCUGUGAAAGAACUCCAGGCCUCGGUUUCGUUUACUUUGAACUUUGGACCAAGGACUUUGUCAACGACGGUGGUGCUAGACUCUGGCAAGAAAUUAAGGGCUGUGGGCUAUUGACGGGCAGAGGGUUUGGAACAAACCGUGAUCUCAAGCGGGAUGGCUCCAAUCAGAACAUUGGAGAGUAUCGGGCCGAUUAUCUGAUGCAUUUUAACCUUCCAGCCGUCUUCAAGUUUGGCUGUGUGGGAAGAGCUAUCCAUAGCGCUGGCGGACCAGAGGGGUUUUUCUGCUAGAGUUCGACCCUGGACUUGAUAACGCUAGAGCUAUGUAAUAUAGAUUUCAUUUUUCAUUUUAAUAUUGUUUACGGCGUAGAAUAGUCUUUGGUUCAUGCACCGACUUCUCCACUUACACAGAGUCAAGCCGGUGAGCUACUUCCAAAAAAUCACAUCAAAGAAGAUGAAAACGAAAAAGUUGUAUAGAU